CGAGCUGCCCAGAGCGGCCCCUCCGUGCUGACCCCGCCCCCGCGCGUCGCGUUGCCAUGGGAACGCGGGACCGUUGCUGUAGAGACGGAGAGGCCGAGCGGAGCGGGAUGCCUUCCAACCGCUACCGGACACGGGCACGGAGCACCGAGGUGGACGAGACCCUGUUUGGGCCCCCGGCGCCCCACGGCCCCAUCGUGCUCCUGCGGGAUGCGCGCAGCGCCCCGAAAUCAGCGCCCGGCGCCCAGCACCGCCCCGCCUCCAUCCGCCUGCUCGGCAAGGACCUCGUCCGCCGCCUCGUCGUCCCCGCGGAGAAGCCGGCGCCGUCCCUCAUCAUUGGCCUGCGGGAUUUCCAGCGCAUCCAGGAAUCGUCCCGAGUGCUGAGCAAGGAGCAGCGCGCGGCCCAGCUGGAGGCCCUGAAAGCGCAGCGCGACGCUGCCCUCGGGUAGACAGGAGCUGGUGAAGCAGAUAGAGAAGAACGCGGAGGAGCGGGCGCUGAGGGCUGAGCAGCGGGACCAGGAGAGCCAGGAGGUGCUGCGGUACCUGGAGCAGCUGAAGAUGGAGGAGCAGAAGGAGCUGGAGCAGAAGAGGGAGCAGCAGAAGAAAAUCCAGGCUGAGAUUAAACGCAUCAACGACGAGAACCAGAGGUGCAAGGAGGAGCGGCUGCAGCAGGAGAGGAUGGCGGACGAGCGGGUGCUGGAGUACCAGCGGCAGAAAAUGGAGCGGGAGGCAGAGCUCGAAGCCGAGCAGGAGAGGAUCCGUCGGGAGAAGGAGAAGGAGAUGGCGCGGCUCAGGGCCAUGCAGGAGAGGGCCCUCGACCAGCAGGCAGAGCGGGACGCGCUGAGGGCCAAGCGCAGCCAGGAGGCGGCGGAGCGGGAGUGGAGGAGGAAGGAGAAGGAGGCGGCGCGGAAGAAGGCCGAGAUGGAGGAGCAGCUGCGGCGGGGCCGGAGGGAGCAGAUCGCGGCGCGGGAGCACUGCAUGGCCGUGCAGGUGCAGCGGGACCGGCACGACUUCGAGCGCAUCCUCCGGGCCCAGCAGGAGCAGAUGGAGAAGGAGAAGGCGGAGGAGGCGCGGAGGGCAGCCCUGCAGCUCGCCCACGCCGACGACAUCCGACGUCAGAUGCGGGAGAGGCAGCAGCAGCAGGCCCGGGAGCGCGCGGCCGCCUUCGAGGAAUGCCAGCGGCUGCAGGAGGAGGCUCGCCAGCGCAGCCGGCGCAUCGCCCAGCUCAAGCAGCAGAAGAUCCAGGAGCUCAGAGCUGCUGGCAUCCCCGAGAAGUAUUGCGCCCAGGUGGAGCGGCGCGUGGGGAGCGGGGCCGAGCCCCAGGCGGAGCAGAACGCGGCAGCUCGGCGGCUGCGGCUUUCUUAGGCAGAGUUGUCUGCAAACAGAGAUGUUGGUGGAGCAGGCGGCA